AUGCGGACUGCUGAUAGGCUCUCUCCCCAGGAUGUAGUCUGUGCUAUGCUGGGUAGUGAUGCUUUGCUACAUCUCGAGGAGGGGGAUUACACCACUUACCGUCAUACAUAUUUGAUGUCUCCAUUGACGGGAGUUCGCACCCCGAUGACGAAGUCUGCUGGUACGCCAUCCUCGAGCCAGGCCCGGGCUCGGGCUGCAGACGCCCCUUCCACCAGCAGGGCUGGUACAUCUAGAGGUGGGGGUAGAUCGGUUCCCCCAAUUCCUCCGACUUAUCCUCAUCCUGGGUGGCUGGAUAUGCCGACUGAGCUGAUGGGGUGGCAGUAUGGGACGACCUCUCCGACUCCGAUCCCGCUAGAGCCUCCGAUGCCCAGUGAUCGAUACGCCAUUGAUCCCGACUCACCACUGCCACCCCGAGAGUACGUGGAGGAGGUGGUCGGAUUGGUGGCCUCACUUGAGGGGAUGGUCCUGCGGAGGGAGGCACAGUUGUCUAUCAUGGGCUUCCAGAUGCCUCCGGUGUACGCUCAGCCGCAGGCCAGGCCACCUGGGCCUUCUCGGGGAGCUGGGCCAUCUGGGCCCUUCCACGGAGCUGGGCCAUCCAGGCCUUUUCAGGGAGUUGGGCCAUCCAGGCCUUUUCAGGGAGCUGGGCCAUCUAGGCCUUUUCAGGGAGCUCGAGGAGGGUCUGCCCGCAGGCGCAGGGCACAUGUUAUAGAGGCGGAGCCUGAUGAGGAG